CCCAGCGCGCAUGCUCGCGGCUCCGGCGCUGAAAUUCAAAUUUGAACGGCCACAGGAGGCCAAGUCUGACACUGGAGGCUGAGGGAAGAGGACAGUAGGUUGUGGGUGAGCUCCCCCGUCCUGCAUUCCUUGUUUUCUCCAGGAGACACACUGGGCCGAAACUCACUUUUCUUUUCCUGAAUUUGAACCACCGUUUCCAUCGUCUCAUAGUCGACACGCUGCGCCUGGGGCCAUGGACCCGUUUACCGAGAAACUGCUUGAGCGAACCCGUGCCAGGCGAGAGAAUCUUCAGAGAAAAAUGGCUGAGAGGCCUGUAGCUGCCCCAAGGUCUAUGCCUCAUGCUAAGCGAGCCAGAGAGCCACUUUCAGAAGCAAGUAACCAGCAGCCCCUGUCUGGUGGUGAAGAGAAAUCUUGUACAAAACCAUCACCAUCCAAAAAACGCUGUUCUGACAAUGCUGAAGUAGAAGUUUCUAACUUGGAAAAUAAACAACCGGUUGAAUCAACUUCUGCAAAAUCUUGUUCUCCAAGUCCUGGGUCUCCUCAGGCGCAGCCACAGGCAGCAGAUGCUAUUAGUGAUUCUGCUGCAGUCCCAGCACCACUGCCGGGCCCAAGGGGAGGGCUGAACUCAAGAUUAGAAGCAACUGCAGCCUCCUCAGUUAAAACACGCAUGCAAAAACUUGCAGAGCAACGACGCCAUUGGGAUAAUAACAAUAUAACAGAUCACUCUGACAGCUCACUCUUCUCACCAGUGCCAUCAGAGGAGAAGGCUGCCUCCCCUCCCAAACCCACCCUUUCAAAUGCCUCAGCAACUCCAAUUGGGAAAAGGGGCCCUCUGGCCAACCUUGCUGCAACUAUUUGCUCCUGGGAAGAUGAUGUAAGUUACUCAUCUGCAAAGCAAAACAGUGUACAAGAACAGCCUGGUACCACUUGUUUAUCCAAAUUUUCCUCUGCAAGUGGAGCAUCUGCUAGGAUCAAUAGCAGCAGUGUUAAGCAGGAAGCUACAUGCUGUUCCCAAAGGAAUGGCAAUGCCUCUUUGAAUAAAGCCUCAUCCUCAAGCCCUGCUGAUGCAUCGCUGGUUAAUGCCUCAAUUUCCAGCUCUGUGAAAGGUACUUCUUCCCCAGUGAAAUCUGCUAUAUCCAUCACUGAUGCUAAGAAUUGUGAGGUACAAAAUUUUGAGGUACUUCAAAAAACUCCUGGUAGUCCUCUGAAAACAGAGGUGUCGAAACCAGUUGUGAAGUCAACUGUAUCCCAGACACCUCGAUCCAAAGAAGAACCAAGUAGAGAAAUUUGUCUACAGUCUCAAUCUAAAGACAAAUCUACAACACCAGGAGGAGCAGGAAUUAAGCCUUUCCUGGAACGCUUUGGAGAACGUUGUCAAGAGCACAGCAAAGAAAGUCCAGCUCGUAGCACACCUCAUAAGACCCCCAUUAUCACUCCAAACACAAGGGCCAUCCAAGAAAGAUUAUUCAAGCAAAACACAUCUUCAUCUACUACCCAUUUAGCACAGCAGCUCAAGAAGGAACGUGAGAAAGAACUAGCAUGUCUGCGUGGCCGAUUUGACAAGGGCAAUUUAUGGAGCGCAGAAAAAGGUGGAAGCUCAAGAAGCAAACAACUAGAAACCAAACAGGAAAUUCAUUGUCAGGACACUCCACUCAAAAAACAUCAAGUUGUUUCCAAUACUCAGUCACUUCCAGUAACAGAAAAGGUGACAGAAAAUCAGACAUCAACAAAAGCUUCGAGUACAGAGCCUUCAGGUUUCAAUGAAUGCAAAAUGACAAAGUCUAGCCCUUUGAAAAUAACAUUGUAUUUGGAAGAGGAAAAGUCCUUAAAAGUAACAUCAGACCCAAAGAUUGAGCAACGGACUGAAGUGGUACGUGAAAUUGAGAUGAAUGUGGAUGAUGAUGAUAUUAAUAGUUCGAAAGUAAUUAAUGACAUCUUCAGUGAUGUCCUACAAGAAAGUGAACUAGAUGUAGAAAAGAGCCAGGAGGAGAUGGAUCAAGCAGAAGCAGAAAGCAACGAAGAGGAAGAUGCCUUGAACAUCUCCUCCAUGUCUCUGCUUGCUCCUUUAGCACAGACAGUUGGUGUGGUAAGUCCAGAGAGCUUAGUUUCCUUACCUAAGCUGGAAUUGAAAGACACUAGCAGCAUAAGUGAUGAAAGUCCAAAACCAGGAAAAUUCCAAAGAACCCGUGUCCCUCGAGCUGAGUCUGCUGAUAGCAUUGGUUCUGAAGAUCGGGAUCUUCUGUAUAGCAUUGAUGCAUAUAGAUCUCAAAGAUGCAAAGAAACAGAACGCCCAUCAAUAAAGCAGGUGAUUGUUCGGAAGGAAGAUGUUACUUCAAAAUUGGAUGAAAAAAAGAAUGCGUCUGCUUGCCCAGUUAAUAUCAAACAGAAAAUGCAGGAACUCAAUAAUGAAAUAAAUUUGCAACAGACAGUGAUCUAUCAAGCUAGCCAGGCUCUUAACUGCUGUGUUGAUGAAGAGCAUGGAAAAGGGUCCCUAGAAGAAGCUGAAGCAGAAAGACUUCUUCUAAUUGCAACUGAGAGGAGAACACUUUUGAUUGAUGAGUUGAAUAAAUUGAAGAAUGAAGGACCUCAGAGGAAGAAUAAGACUGGUCCCACAUCCAAAAAUGAAUUUGUUCCAUCCAAAGGAUCAAUUACUUUGUCAGAAAUCCGCUUGCCUCUAAAAGCAGAUUUUGUCUGCAGUACGGUUCAGAAACCAGAUGCAGCAAAUUACUAUUAUUUAAUUAUUCUAAAAGCAGGAGCUGAAAAUAUGGUAGCCACACCAUUAGCAAGUACUUCAAGUUGUCUUAAUGGUGAUGCUCUGACAUUCACUACUACAUUUACUCUGCAAGAUGUAUCCAAUGACUUUGAAAUAAAUAUUGAAGUUUACAGCUUGGUGCAAAAGAAAGAUCCUUCAGGCCCUGAUAAGAAGAAAAAAACAUCCAAGUCCAAGGCUAUUACUCCAAAGCGACUCCUCACAUCUAUAAGCACAAAAAGCAGCAUUCAUUCUUCAGUUAUGGCCAGCCCAGGAGGCCUUAAUGCCGUGCGCACUAGCAACUUUGCCCUUGUUGGAUCUUACACACUGUCGUUAUCUUCUGUAGGAAACACUAAGUUUGUUCUGGACAAGGUACCCUUUUUAUGUCCUUUGGAAGGUCAUAUUUAUUUAAAAAUAAAAUGUCAAGUGAAUUCCAGUGUUGAAGAAAGAGGUUUUCUGACCAUUUUUGAAGAUGUUAGUGGUUUUGGUGCCUGGCAUCGAAGAUGGUGUGUUCUUUCUGGAAACUGUAUCUCUUAUUGGACUUAUCCAGAUGAUGAAAAACGAAAGAGUCCCAUAGGAAGGAUAAAUCUGGCUAAUUGUACCAGUUGUCAGAUAGAACCAGCUAACAGAGAAUUUUGUGCAAGACGCAACACUUUUGAGUUAAUUACUGUCCGACCACAAAGAGAAGAUGACCGAGAGACCCUUGUCAGCCAAUGCAGAGACACGCUUUGUGUCACCAAGAACUGGCUGUCUGCAGACACUAAAGAAGAGCGGGAUCUCUGGAUGCAGAAACUCAAUCAAGUUCUUGUUGAUAUUCGCCUCUGGCAACCUGAUGCUUGCUACAAACCCAUUGGAAAGCCUUAAAUUGUGAGAAAUUGAGAAGCUUUUUGAGGUAUUGCACAAAUGGAUCUUAAGAAACACAGUUAAGAGCAUCAGAUUUGCUGAUUGCAUUUUAUGCUUUAACUAUGAAAGGGUUUGUGCCAAUAUUCACUAUAUAAUAAAUAUGCAGUAUUUAUAUCUUUUGUGUAUAAAACUUGAACUGAUUUCUGUCAUUCAUAAAUGAUUGGAAGUAAAUUUAUUAUAGAUGAUAUUGCUAAAUCUUAAUUUAAAAGCCUCAUUUUCCUAGAAAUCUAAUUAUUCUGUUAUUCCUGAUAAAAUAUUUUUUUAAAAGUAGAAAAUUUCGAGUUUUCUUCUUGGAGCUAUGGGUCUCACAGUAGCAAGGUCUUCCAGGGAUUAGAGACAAAACCCUCAGAUUUGAUGAUCUCUGGCCUCCAGUAGUUUUUUCUAAAGGUUGUCUUCAUUUAUUGGUCAUGGUAGGACUUGUUAGUGGAGUACUGAAAAAAAAUAUUAAGGCUUUUACAGAAUCAUUUUUAGUCAAGGAGAUGAGAACUUUUUCAAAUAGAAAUGUAUGUUAGCUUAAAACCUGAGGCUACCCUAAAAGACAUGUAGACAGAGGGGAUUAUAUGACAUUUGGCACAUAAGGAUUUUAUAUAGAAGAGUUAAUAAUCACAUAGUUUUUACUCCGUUAUUGUAUGCAGUGUGGUGCACAUUUUCAUAGAAUUCAGGCUUUAGUAAGAUAACUAUUUUUGCCAUAUAGCUUACAGACUCCUGAAAUGUAAUUAGCAUAUUAGUUUAGUUUUUUUCUGCUUCUGUAACAAAAACAAAUGUAAAUUGAAGCAUCUUUAUAUAAAGUAAACUUUUACAAGCUGCUAUGGGUUAAUACUUGGCUUGCCAAAGUUCUGUCUUCUCUUUUUAAUAUCCCUAUAAGGAUCUAGGAACCCAUUCUGAAAUCAUUUGAAAAACUGUUAAGUCAUGUAUCACCUUUAAGAACCUAAUAUCGUCUUUGAUUAUUAUAAAAUAUUAUAAAGCAUGGUCUCUACUUUUAAAUACACUUUGAAUUUUUUCUGAAUGAUUAAAGUUAUUGAAGAUCUCGUUCAUAAACACUAAAUUCUGUCACCUCCUGCCAUUUUACUUUGUAUUCUUUCAAAUGUGUUUUUUCUUAUGUAUGUUAUAAAAGUAUAUUUUAUGACCUCUUAUCCUAAUAAAUACUUGUAAGUGGCUAAAGGAA